AUGGCUUAUGAAAUUGUUCCCUAUGUGUGGAAGCGAUUUUCUUCAUUAAUCUUUGUUCAAGACACACACAGAAAGGUGUUGCGUGCAGCGGGUGUCAGCAAAGAAGUAGAAAAGAUUGCCAAAAACUUUAAAGAAAUUCUAGCUGUUCUGCCGGAUGCUCAGGCACAAGAAAUGGAGGAACCGAAUGUGAGAGAUUGGUUAAAUAAGCUCAAAGACAUAUGCUAUGAUAUAAAUGACGACUUUGAUGAGUACAGCACUUCAUUUCUGAAACUGCAAAUUGUGGGGGCUGAAAAUCCUCUGUUUAAAAAGAAGGUAUGUUUCUUCUUUCUUGCUCCUCACAUUUUCUUUACAGCAGUUGCUUUAUGCCGUCAAAGUGCUGUUAUGAUAAAAAAGUUAAGUGGAAAACUAGAUGAUAUUGUCAAAGAGAAGGGUAAAUUUAAUCUUAAGGAGAGUGAGAGUACUGAAAAGCAAAUACAGAUUACCUCCUCAUUUGAUCUAAGUGAGAUACAUGGUCAAAAUAAAAAAGAAGAUAUUUUAGUUAGCAAGUUAUUGGGUGAGGGUACUAGUGUGAUCUUAGUUGUGGGUAUGGAAGAGAAAGGAAAAAUUGGAGAUGCUUGCAAUAAUAAUGAGGUGAUUAACAAUUUCAGUGCAAGAAUAUGGGUAAACAUAUUGGGCUCUGAAGAAAAGUGUAGCAUUAAAAGUGAAGUUUCAGAAGAAGAUUACUAUCGAUUGGGAUCAUUUGAUUCUCUAAAAUAUGGUGGUCUUGAUGGAAGUAAAAUUUUAAUUACCACAAGUGAUGAGAAGUCAGUUGCUUUUAGGAUGAUGUCAGAUGAUAUUAUAACGUUAAAUGAAUUAUCUGAGGAGGAAAAUUGGUCAUUGUUUGAAAAACGAGCGUUAUCUGAAAGAUUAACUGAGGAGCGUGGACGCUUAGAAAAAAUUGGUAAAGAAAUUAUAGGGAAGUGCCAAGGCUCGCCUUUGGCCAUACAGGUCAUGGGCAGUCUAUUACGCUUUAAAACUAGUCAGGAGUGGGAGUUUAUGUUAGACAAAGAAGUUUGGAAACGAGAAGAGUCAAAGGGUUAUAGGAUGAAUAAAGAUGAAUUGAUUAAAUUAUGGAUGGCUCAAGGUUAUCUUGGGUUAGAACCAAAUAUAGAGAUGGAAAUACUAGGUCAAAGGUAUUUUAACUACUUAGUAAGUCGAUCCUUCUUAGAUAUUGAAAAAGAUGAUAAUGAUAAUAUUAUAAGUUGUAAGAUUCAUGGUUUAAUGCAUGACUUUGCCAAAUUUCUGAAACGGAAAGAGUGUAUAACUAUAGAAAUUAAUGAUAGUGUCGAAGAGCCAUUCAAAAACUCUUCCCAUGACAAAGUUUAUCAUUCAAUGUUAAUGCUUAAGAAAAGAAGUUCAUUUUCGGUCUCUAAUUGGGAUGUCGAAAGGUUGCGCAGUCUCUUCAUUAGUUGUGAAGAUGAUGACUACCCUUUAGACAAUGAUAUUCUACCACAGUUGUUUGGUAGCUUGGAUCGUAUAAGGGCAUUGAAGUUUGAUGCAUUUGGUGAUUUUAUUAAAGAGAUUCCAACAGAAAUAGGAAAACUCAUACAAUUAAGAUAUCGUGAUUUAUCUGGGCAAAAUAUAAAAAAGCUACCCGAAACUUUGUGUGAGUUAUAUAAUCUACAAAGUUUAGACAUUUCUCGGUGUGAAGAACUUAAAGAAUUACCUCAAGCAAUGGGAAGGUUAAUAAACUUGAGGCAUUUAACAAAUGAUAAUACUGAUUCAUUAAGUUACAUGCCAAUAGGGAUUGGGAGAUUAACACAUCUCCGAACAUUAAGUGAAUUCAUUGUAAGUGGUGCUGGUAAUGGUACUCAUGGUAACAAAGCGUGUAAUCUUGAAAGUUUAAAAGAUUUGAACCGUCUUCGAGGGAAACUUGUCUUAAGAGGGUUAGGAAAUGUGAAAAAUGUGAGCGAGGUUUUGAAAAUGGAACUUAAAAAUAAGAAAAACCUCUCUGGUUUAGGGGUAAUCUUCGACGGGGAUAUAGAAGAGAUACAUUAUAAUGAUAAAUCAAUUCUCAAGGCCUUACAACCGCCCUUAAAUUUGGAGAAACUUGAUAUACAAUCAUAUAGAGGGAGCACUUUUCUCUCUAAUUGGAUAAUGUCAUUAACCAGGUUGAGAGAGUUAAGUCUCAAUGACUGCAUAAAUUGUAAGCAUUUGUCUUCUUUUGGAAUAUUACCCUCUCUUGCAUCUCUAAGGAUAAGUAAAAUUUCUAGUGUGAAAAAUGUGGAUGAUAAAUUUUGGGGAAUAGAAAGUGAUGGCAGAUCUUUUUUAUCGUCAUCAACUAUUCUCUUCCCCAGAUUGAAAUAUCUCAAAUUUUCGGAUAUGGAAGAAUGGGAAGAGUGGGAUUAUAAGAUUAUAAGGGAGGGAGAAGAAAAAGAAUGUCCUCAAUUCAUGCCAUGUCUUGCCUCAUUGGAAAUCAAUUUCUGUCGCAAAUUAAAAGCACUGCCAGACGACAUUCUCCAGAGGACAACAUUGAAGAAAUUGGAGUUUUAUGAAUGUCCUGUUUUAAGACAAUAUUUCAAAAAAAGAAUGAAAGAGCAGUGGCCCGAGAUCACUCAAAUUUCUACCAUCAAAAUUGAUGGUCAACAUGUGCAAGGAGACCCUGAUCAAUGA